AUGACGCGGCUGUUCCUAGGGCUGGUGUUCGUGCUCUUACUUACGCGAAGUGGCAGCUUUUGGUGGAUCCUACGCUCGUAUCAAUUGCAGAAAGAGCAGGAAUUACUGGACCAGGCGCUCGUAAAGGUUAAUUUCUACCGUAAAUACCGUCAUUAUACCGGUACGAAUGACGGUACCACGGCCACAAUCAGGAACCGACUGCCCAUUGUAGCACAUUUACGUACUUUUUGGAGUCUACCACCUGAACUUUGCAAUGAGAUUACGGCACUGGUGGAACUCAUUGUCAAGGACUACGUCAGUUUUUGGUUUCAAGCUAUUUCUCCCAAUGAGGACUUUCCGAAUGACGUCAAGUUUUUGCUGGCCGAUUUGUUGGGUGCUAUAGCGUCACGAGUACUUGAGAUUGACCCGUCUCAAGCAGUAACAAUUGUUGCAAAGAGUUUGGAGCUUCUGCGACUGCAUUUGGGAUGGUUUCGAGAAGCUUAUGCACAAUUGGCGGACGAUUAUCCGGCCGUCUUUGAAGGUGAUGAAAUGAACUCAAACUUGCUCAAGCGACAGGAAUACGUUGCGGCGUUCGUACAGAGAUCACCAUUUGUUCAUCCGGGAUGCGUGAAAACGAAGGCUUCAGCUUUUUCACCCAUGCCUGGUGGGAACAGUAUGGGCAAGGAGAAUGCGGGAGAAAAUGCAGAAGCCGCUUAUCUGCGUCAUGUAGCGACGCAACUGCUGACUCAGUUGAAACCUCAGCUGGGUCAGCACCACGACACCAACAUGUUUGUGUCUGUUGCCAUGAAUUUGCUGCGUGAAAUAGUCGGCUUCAAGAUCCUCAAGCCAUUGUCGGAGUAUGCGCAACCGCGGUACGCAAACGAGAUUGUCUUGUCCUGCCUCCAAGCGUUUGCUAAUGAGAAAGAUGUGGUUGGACCUACGUCGCCAAGCAUGUCCUCUUCUAGUAACGUUGCUGGAAUGGUGCCAUCUUUGACGUUGAAGAAAAUACGGUCGACAUCCAGCAUCCUGUACAAGGCUAGCAGGCGCAGCGGAGAACAGGCAGAAGCAGCUUUUCAGGCAGUCGUCGAGGCUGUGGCGAGUGCAGCGUCCUCGGCUGCAGCUGGUGCCGCAGAGACUGUAUCAGAAGGGGACGACUGGACUGAUUCAGGGAGUACUAUUUUUGCGUUUGGCAGUGCUGUAUUUGCUGCUAACUCUGGCGGUUUUACUGGCGAAAGAAAAGCGAUGUCGGCAAUCUUUGCAAUGGACGACCGCCUUAAGGUUGCUAAGGCGGCAAAAAUGAUGGAUCCCCGUGGGUUGAUUUCGGGUGGGCUACUGUCGCACAAGAUGGCCGGCGACAAUAGUCGUAUUACUGCUCACAUGGAUGAUCUGAAGAAUGCUAAGGCCAAUCUCGGCUCGAGCUUGAACUCGUCUAUUGGCAAAGUCAAAAGGCGCUUUCGUACCCUAAGUAACUAUCAAAUGGACCCCAUGUCGUCCACCUCUCCUCUCGGCACGGGUACAGGUGCAGCAGCUCGAAUGAUUCGCAAGCCAGGACAGCUAUUACAAAAGGCUUGGAAACGAGGUGAGUCCGGUGCUAGCUCACCGAGCUCUUCGUAUGAUGAUGGUGCAAUAACACCCACGGACCGAAUCCGAGGUGGUAAAAGUGCUCAUGUCAUGAGCUCGCUGAACUCUCUUGUAAGCCCGCCGCCUGACGAUGAGGAGGAAACGACUUCACCGACGGAGAGGGGAACUAUGACGAUGGCGAUGGUGCGGGAUCGUGUCGUUCGUCAUGUGGCAAAGGCCGUGGCGGACUACACAAAGAUGUACUACGAGUGUCCUGAAAUGCACAGUUCAGUCCGGUCACGUGAGCUAUACGAUCUUCUUUCAGCAAUGGAAAAUGUUUUUAUGCUAGGCUUUCGCAACCAUGAUUCAGAAGACGAAGGUGACCACACAGUACUGUCAACUCCCCCACCAUCUCCAAAUGUUCGGCGGCGCUUUUCAGUAGCAUCGGCGAGCGAUGAGUUGACGUCUUGUCGCGACAGCAUCGAUACGGACAGAUGUCCGAGCUACUUGGAUAUAGAUGUGAACGACAACCAGUAUUACUGGGAAUAUCUUGUGCAAGAAAGACCUGGCGCGAAAUUGUUCAACGCGCACUCGAGAUUCGUGGCAUCCCAGUGCCCACCUUGUAGCCCGAGCGAAUCAUUUGUUUCGACGCGUGGAGCUCAAUGGGUAUUAGCUGCUCUAGUAAAGGGGUCCCUGGGGACUUUCUGUGCUGAGUUAUAUGCACACAGCGAUGUCACGGAGUUAUAUUACGAAAGCUAUGCGCUUUUGCUUGACACGACGCUCGCAGACUCUGUGCUGGGAGCAUUGUCUCAGCUUGAUGAUCUGAAAGUAAGUCUUGAUGUACCUAUCUUCAGUUUCCAGAGCGACAUGGACAAAGAGCUCGGUGUUUCACCUUCUAACGAAUGGCGGUUUCAAGACGUGGCCUCUUUGAGUGCCCCCGUUAGUGUACUGGAACGAGUAUGGGAGAUUGAGCACUACGUUCCUAUAAACGGAUGGGUAAAAGCGACAGACCAACGAUAUCAGGAACUCCCAUCGUCAGAAUGGAUUUGGGAAGACGACUGGGCACUCGAAAAUGCAGCAAAAGACCUCGGAGAAUCAUUGGACAGCGAGGCAAUGGAUUCCACGUGGGAGUAUGCUAAAACAUAUGAGGAUAAGUUCCAUGAGAAGAGAAGGAAGUCUGAUUCUGUACGGCGGCGAAGAUGGGUACGCCGACGAUGCCAGCUACCACCGGUUUUGGUUCUACCAUCAUCGCCGGUUUCCCCUAGCGAUUUUGAUGUUUCCUCUUCGUCGGCAUCUUCAGCUAUUCCUAAGAGUGCCGGCAGGGCAAGUAAGCUAAAACAGCGCUUUGACGCAUUGACUCGUGAAAAGAAGAACGACAAAGGAACAGCGGCAAAUAAGUCAUUGCCGAAAAGUGGAUCGAAGAAACAUGAUAAAGAGAUGCCAGAGGGUCCGAUAAGUGAUUUAACGCUGGGACUGAUCGACUCAGACAGCUUUCAGCAAACGUCGACAAAAACAUCGGCAUUCAUGAAAGCCCGCGCGUCCAUCCCUUCGAUACGGCGUGGAAUGUCCUGCAUGAGCAUUAAGUCACCCUCCUUUGAUUCCCGAUCACUAUCUGCGGAAGCUUGCACGGACGAUGACCGUGGGGCUUUGUAUGACAUCGACGAUAACGACGACGAAAAUUUGUGCUCCCGCUGCCUCAAUGCUCUCUCGUCAUCCAACUUGGGUGUGGGAACCUGCCAUAGCUGCCACCAACGCAUGUGCAGUUCGUGCUUGAAUUUUUAUGCGUUCAUGGCGUAUCCUCCUCCCCGCGAAACUUCCAAAAAAGCACGAGUUUGUGAAAACUGCUACGACCGUCUGGUGAGCAAGUACAAGCUGCGUGUAGAAGCCCAUUUAGGCAACUACUUGAUCAAGGAGCGUGAAAUACCCGAUAUUUCCAACUCGAGCGCUUCUUCUACGAAUACUGCCACCAGUACUUCCCACCACUCAGUUUCGUCUACAAGUAAUGGUAGCAAUCCAGGCGUUGGCGAUUCAGCAGCAGCAAGACAGACAUCUAGCCUUCAGAGCCCGACUGUUAGUCGUACCGACAGCAACAGGUUUAAGAUCACCGUUAAAGUGAAGGACAACAGCGCGGACGCUUGGAGUGUCACCAAGACCUACCACGAUUUUGAGGAGCUGGAGAAGCAGUUGACUGACAGGCUGAAGAAACAAAAGAAGAAGUGUGGAAAAGGGUGUCAUUUGAGGGGUGUCGAUUACACGGAGCUGACUUCCAUCAAGUUGUCUCUGAAGACGGUAGCGGCAACAAGUUUAACCUACGAGAAGCAAUUGCAUAUUCUCGAGCAGUUCUUGCAGCAACUGCUGGCAUGCGAUACGUUGUGUCAAAGCUCGGUCGUGCAGAAGUUCCUCCUGCUUGCGAACGCAUCCGGUACGUCCCCGGCGACCGUCAACUCUUCGAUGUCCGGAUGGGAGGCUGGCGAGGACCCAACUUCUCCGUCUGCUACUGGGGGUGGCGCUUUGAGCAACGAAGCUGAAAGCAAUGGUCCUAGAAUAAACAGUGCUGAAGGCGUGCUUUUCGAGAAUGGCAAGUGGCGAAUAGGGCGUUGGGUCGCGCCGGAUGCAAACUCGAAGGAGACGAAGAUGCGUGUUUUGCAAAAGAUCGAAGUGAGCCUCUUUGCUGUGUUAGGUGAGGUGUUUGAGUUUGACGGCAUCGGCAUGGUGCGUCGUCAGAUAUUUUCCAUGACUCGGUCAUUCAUCAAGGCGUUCCUUAGUGCGUCACACUUCCGAAUGCUCGAGCAGCAGUUUCUGUCUUUUACGGACCCGAAGAAGCUUUCAGGCUGGAUAGGUGACUUGCAAGUGUACCUUUUCUCAGACUUAAGUGAUGCCAAGGUGGCUCCACCUCCUGCUCCCGAUAUGCAGGUUUUACGUAAAAACUGCUUCGAAGCUAUCCUCGCCAGCUUUCCGUCCAAAGCGCUUUCGCUCUUUGGCGACACCGCGUGCGAGAACGCGGCGCUCAAGUUGCACGAAUUCUUGCAGCACGAAGUGUUUAUAAAGAACCUGCUCUUCAGUAUCGCAGAUGAGCUGCUUCUGCAUCUGUUCCCGGACUCGACCUCCUUUCAAGGGCAACAAGGCACCAGAAGAACUAGUGACGCCGUUGCUGCAUCGAUAGACAAUGACACUUCUGACGUGGUCAUGUCACCAACGUCUCCACUUCCAGCACCACUUUUACCACAAGCUUCUAAGCGAAGAAGAUCAUCAGCUCAAAGUAAGUGA